AUGCUGUCGCGGUCCUUGGCCUCUCGGAGCAGCGCGGGACGCUCCGGACUCGUGAAUGCUUCGCGGGUGCUAUUGAGAGGAAAAAUCCCCCCUCCCCAUAUUGAAAAGGUAUGUUUCCAAAAAUUUGUGUUGCGGAUUUGAGGCCACAAAUCACAUCUGUCUUGCAAGAAGACAAGGGCAGAAGCUUCCGCCCCAUUAUGGAGGGGAUUUGUCACGCUGUUGGGCCUAAAGGGGGUCCGUUUCCCAUGCUGAACUGCUAGACCCAUACGCCCCUACCUAGCCUGGGGAUCUGGCCGCAGUGCCUCGCUGCAAUACAAAGCUGAUUGGUGGCCGCAAAUCAGCAUCACAAAUUUCCGUUUUGAUAUGGGGAGGGGGGAUUUUUCAUUUUGAUAGGUGCUCCGCGGCGCCGGAAGCCACUACCAGGGCCCACGGGUUCCCGGACACUUCCGAUACCUUUCGAAACUGCCGAAAGUGGUACUAUGUAUCUAUAAGACCGAGACCGUACGGCUGUGCUGCAGCUAUGUGAAUUAGUGUCAUAGCCCGUUCCUCCAAAUCAAAAUAUUUUUGCUGUGUACAUAUCAACGGAGUGGAAGUUCGUGAAUGAACCCGUGAAAUAAUAUCAACGACGCAUUAUAGCCCGCCAGCUACGGGAGCCAUGACAUUAACGGACCGACCAGCCAGCUCUGUACAGAGACGAAGGAGGUCGUUUUUCCAUUCAGGUAUGCGAGUUUUUUGUGAUGAAAUGAUAUGUUGAGAUCGUAUCUUGAUUUUAUGUGCGUGCUCAGACUGAACAAGAUCAGGAUCUAAAUUCGAAGAGAAUUCCCGCUCUCAGGUCCGCCUACAACGAGGCUUACAUGCUUCCUUUCUGGAUUGAGUUCGGGAACUGGACGAUGAUUCUGUGCACGCUUUGGGGCUCCAUGUUUUACUACAACUACAAAUUUUUGGGAAAAAAUCCGCCGAACCCACCACGAUCCAAGGCGGACGACUACGCCCACCGUCCUCUGGUGCACCCCCACGCGGCGGAAGAAGAUGACUAG